CUAAGUCCAGAGGAGAGAUCCUUGGGGGGGCGGGAGGCACAUCUGCACUGCAAAUAAAAAUAAUAAUUACAACCACCAACCAACCAACCAAAAAAAAAAAAGUAACAGCUAAGAAAAAAAAAACACUUUAAAUCAAGGACUUUGGAAACCAGAGAUCACAGAAAUUGUACUAUUAAUAAGGAGGAGGAAAAAAAAAAAAAAGAGGCAAGAAAUCCAGCGACCAUGGGCCAGCCUGGCUUCCUAGCGUGUACUUUCUGUUCUCUCUCCUUUUUCCCAAGGUAAUUGCAGUCUGCCGAGAGGGAGUUAAAUGGGAUUAAAAGAUCUGUGUAAGCAAAAGGACCCAGAAGAGAAGGAGGAAGGAGUGAGCCGUCCGGGCCAGGGGGUGUCUUUGACACAGCUGAGCCCCUUAGAGAGGCAGAGAGCUGAGCUCCUGGGAAAGAUGUACCCACAAACCGGCCUGUCCCCCUUUUUCUGAUGGAUUGCCGCAAAAAUUGCCCGAAAGAGACAAUGCACUAAACGUGAUGGAGCCGGAAUCAGAGCCGGUCUCCAGACUCAGAGCUACAGCAGCAGGCAGGGGGGGAUUCUGCUUUCUCUGGACUGUAUUGUGUUUUACCUGGUUCCUGGGAUUCACACAGGGAAAUUCUGAAGAUGUGGACGUUCUUCAAAGACUGGGCCUGUCAGGGAAAAGGCCAUCGAGCGGAUGGUCCUCAUCGCGUACAGUUCCUCAAGGGGUCAUUCCUUUCAAAUCAGGGGUCAUCUUCACUCAGCGAGCACGUGUCGAAGCACCGGUCAGCACCAUCCUCCCCGCAGGCUCCAGCACUGACCUGCUCCUAGUGCUGAGCCUCUGCUCCCACCGCAUCAACAAUGCUUUUCUCUUUGCUGUCAAGAGCAAAAAGAAAAAACUGCAGCUGGGGGUCCAGUUUGUGCCUGGGAAGAUCAUAGUGUAUGUGGGCCACAAGCGCUCUGUAUAUUUUGAUUACAAUGUCCAUGAUGGCCAGUGGCACAAUAUGGCCAUCGAUAUCCGUGGCCAGACAGUCACUUUAUUUACUUCUUGUGGGAAGCGCAGAGUACAUGCGGAUUUGCAUUUUAAAAAGGACGAGGCAUUGGAUCCACAUGGAUCUUUCCUCUUUGGGAAGAUGAACCAGCACUCCGUGCAGUUUGAAGGAGCCAUCUGCCAGUUCGAUAUUUAUCCUUCCGCCAAGGCAGCUCAUCAUUACUGUAAAUACCUGAAAAAACAGUGCAGGCAAGCAGAUACCUACCGGCCAAACCUGCCCCCCCUCAUCCCCCUCCUGCCCAGGGAUCCCAGUGCCUCCCCGAGUACCCCACAACAUAUGGAGCCCUCGCUGCAGGGUCUGAAAAACCUGACCACUGCUGCCCCAUCCUUGGAGUUUGGCAGGGUCACUGCGCCCCUCAAGACUCGGGGUUCAGGUGCAACAACUGUCUCAUUGGUGUCAUCCCCACCAUCGCUGCCAAGACUGACAACCAAAGCCACAAAGGUCACAGUGGCCCCAUCUCCUGUUCCACCAAGUACUGAAACACAGCCACCCACCCGUUCGCUCCCUCGGGGGACGGUGACAAUCCCCCUCAGGGUGUCUCGGCCCACUUCCAGCACACGUGUGGAGAAGACUUCCCUUCCCACUGCCAAAAAGGCCCCGCCGACAAGCCAGAGCCCUGCCACAGCCAGCAGGAAGGAGUCCAAGCAAGAGACCAAAAAGAGGAUCAACCAAAAACCGACCAUUGAGCCCUCCGAAGCACCCAGUACUGUAAAGCCAAUGAGGAGGAUGACUGAUAACACAACCAGCAACGUUCACCUUGUCACCCUAAAGCAAACCCCACAGAACCCGAGCAAUGGGCCCAUUCCAAAGAAGCAUGUGCCGUCCCCCACCAGGAAAGUGGAUCCCAGUAAUGUCCCUCUGGUGUACACCAAACCGCCCCCGGGGUCUGCCCGUCCCGUCUCCAGAGCCAGGGCACAGGCCUUCAACCUCACAACCCCAGCUGCGACUGAUGGCUAUCAGAUCUUUGACCCCCUCGGACCCACUCCGUUUCCAUUUUUACUGGAAUAUCCAGGCGUGAAAGGAGAGAGAGGACCUCAGGGUCCACCAGGUCUGCCGGGCUUACCAGGACCACCUGGCAAGAGAGGUUCCCGAGGUCCCCCAGGUCCCCACGGAAACCCUGGCUCACCUGGCCCCCCAGGCCUGAAAGGUCAGAAGGGUGAUCCUGGGCUGUCGCCUGGAAAAGCUCGCAACGGACAGAAGGGAGACGUGGGCUUACCUGGUUUGACUGGGUUCCCUGGACCACCUGGUAGAAAGGGAUAUAAAGGCUACCCUGGACCACCAGGUCACCCUGGAGACCAGGGCGAACGAGGACCAGACGGCAGUCCAGGUGCCAAAGGUUAUCCUGGCAGGCAGGGUUUACCUGGCCCCAUAGGGGACGCUGGUCCAAAAGGCAGUCGGGGAUAUAUUGGUCUCCCAGGAUUAUUUGGGCUACCAGGGGCUGAUGGAGAACGAGGGAUCCCUGGAGUUCCUGGGAAGAGGGGCAAGAUGGGUAGGCCGGGUUUUCCUGGUGAUUUUGGGGAACGAGGACCUCCAGGCAUUGAUGGGAACCCAGGAGAAUUGGGAGCCCCAGGUCCUCCUGGAGUCCUUGGACUCAUUGGUGACAUGGGCUCUGUUGGACCGAUAGGCUAUCCAGGACCAAAAGGCUUAAAGGGGCUGAUGGGAAACCCUGGAGAACAUGGACUGAAAGGUGAUAAGGGUGAUCAGGGAGGAGCAGGUGUUCCAGGAGAUAUCGGCUUCCAAGGAGACAAGGGCAGCCAGGGUUUGCCUGGGGUCCCUGGGGCACGAGGGAAAGCAGGACCCCUGGGAAAAGUCGGUGACAAAGGUCCAGUCGGGUUUCCAGGACCACCCGGCCCUGAGGGCUUCCCAGGUGACAUUGGCCCACCAGGAGAAAAUGGUCCUGAAGGCCUGAAGGGAAAGCCAGGAGCACGAGGCUUACCUGGGCCGAGGGGGCUGCUUGGACAAGAGGGAGAUGAAGGACCCUUAGGACCACCAGGAGUCCCUGGUCCAGAGGGUCGAUCUGGCCGGAAGGGAUUUCCAGGAAGACCUGGUCCUGAUGGUCCAAAGGGUGAGCCAGGAAACCGCGGCCGGCCGGGGAAAGUUGGUGAGCAGGGUCUAAUGGGUUUUAUUGGUCCAGUGGGGGAGCCUGGAAUAGUGGGAGAAAAGGGUGACCGUGGCUCAGUGGGACCCCCAGGCCCUCCAGGAGUCAAGGGGUCGAUGGGGCACCCCGGGACACCAGGAGGAGUGGGUUUUCCUGGGAUCCCUGGACCAACAGGUCCGGCAGGAGUCCGUGGUGCGCCAGGGAUAAGAGGGAUGAAAGGCCGCAGGGGUGCCAGAGGGCCUGAUGGACCAGUAGGCGAGCCGGGGUCACGAGGUGUCAAGGGCCGACCAGGGGAGCCAGGCAAGCUGGGGCCAGAUGGGCUGCAGGGGAAGAUGGGUGAGACUGGGGAGACAGGAGCACGCGGCUUCCCAGGUAUCCAAGGACCUUCUGGACCUCCAGGAGCAAAAGGGGCUCCAGGCGACCCGGGUCCACAAGGACCACAGGGGCCACCUGGGCCUUUGGGAGAAAUUGGGCAUAAGGGACCGCCUGGCUCAAUGGGACAACCUGGCCUUGCAGGUGAACCUGGCAUGAAGGGUGAUCCUGGCCAGUUGGGAGUCCCUGGAGAGCAAGGCCUCGUUGGUCAAAGAGGAGAAUCGGGGCUGGAAGGGGACAGCGGGCCACCUGGGCCGGAUGGUGUCAAGGGAGACAAAGGAGAGCAAGGUCUGGAAGGAGAGAAAGGAGAAAAAGGCAACGAAGGACUGAAGGGAAAAGAAGGGCCUCCUGGAUAUCCCGGCAUCACAGGUGUCCGAGGACCAGAAGGGAAACCAGGAAAACAAGGGGAAAAGGGCAAGCCUGGCCAGAAGGGCAGCAAGGGCUACCAGGGGCAGCUCGGCGAGACAGGAUCUCCAGGGAAGGAGGGGCCGAAGGGCAACCAAGGCCCUAAAGGAUCCCGAGGUACCCUAGGACCUAUGGGUGCUCCAGGAAGAAUGGGUGCUCAAGGGGAACCUGGCUUAAAGGGUUACCAGGGACAUGCAGGACCACCAGGGCCAAUUGGACCACCAGGGCCAAAGGGGGAAAAGGGAGAACAAGGUGAUGACGGGAAGGUAGAAGGCCCACAGGGACCACCUGGAGACAGAGGCCCCGUUGGUGACAGAGGUGAUCGAGGGGAGCCUGGAGACCCUGGUUAUCCUGGUCAAGACGGGCUUGAUGGAGAAAGAGGAAAACCUGGACAGCAAGGCUUACCUGGGGAUGCUGGACCACCAGGCCAGCCAGGAGCAAAGGGAUCCAAAGGUGAUGUGGGUCAAAAAGGAAAGCAAGGAGCACGGGGCAAUGCAGGGAGCAGAGGCUCACCGGGCAUCCUUGGGCUACCAGGUCCUCGAGGAGUGGUGGGACGGCAGGGUCAAGAGGGUGCCCCUGGAGCAGACGGAGUGCCUGGGAAGGAUGGCGUACCUGGGAUGCUGGGAGAGCAGGGUGAUGAUGGGGAAGAAGGUGUGACAGGGAUGUCAGGCAAAAGAGGCAACCCUGGCAUACCGGGACUCCCUGGGGCACAAGGACCACCAGGAUUCAAGGGUGAAAGAGGAUUGCCUGGACAGACUGGCCAAACAGGGAAGCGAGGAUCAUCAGGAGGAACGGGCCUUCCAGGGACCCCUGGCAAUCCAGGACCCAAAGGACAGCCGGGAGACUUUGGCGAGGCAGGAUUUCCAGGGAUUGCGGGCAUGUUUGGGCCAAAGGGCCCCCCAGGAGACCUGGGUUUCAAAGGCAUUCAGGGACCACGUGGGCCGCCUGGUCUCAUGGGAAAAGAAGGAAUUAUUGGUCCGCUUGGCAUUCAGGGUCCCAUGGGAAGCCUAGGGCCCAAGGGAGACAAAGGCAGCCGCGGAGAAAUGGGUCUUCAAGGUCCAAGAGGUCCUCCAGGCCCACGAGGACACCCUGGCCCUCCGGGACUGCCAGGAAUUCCAGCCUCAUUUCAACAAGAUGGCUUUGGGGCAGCUUUCCGGACACUAAUCGACUCAAACACCGCGCUCAAGACAGAGGGUUACCAACAUCCAGACCUUUUCAUGCUGGACCAUGGAGGGGAGAUCUUUAAGACUCUACACUACCUCAGCAACCUCAUUCAGAGCAUCAAAAGACCCCUGGGAACCAAGGAAAACCCUGCACGCAUCUGUCGAGACCUCAUGAACUGUGAACAGAAGAUGAAUGACGGUAUCUACUGGAUUGACCCAAAUCUUGGCUGUUCCUCGGACACCAUACAGGUCAUCUGUAACUUCACCAAUGGUGGUCAGACGUGUCUCAGCCCCAUCACCGUCUCCAAGCUGGAUUUUGACAUCGGUAGAGUCCAGAUGAACUUCCUCCGCCUCCUGAGCUCAGAGGUGGUGCAGCACAUCACCAUCCACUGCCUGAACACCUCCGUCUGGCGGGAAGGCUCAUCCGAGAAACCUUUGGAAAAAGCCGUGCGCUUCAAGGCAUGGAACGGGCAGAUGUUUGAGGCAGACGGACAGCUCAGGCCAGAAGUGGCAGCUGAUGAUUGCAAGAUCAAGGAUGGACGCUGGCAUCGGACUCUCUUUUCGUUUCGGACGCAGGACCCUCAGCAGCUGCCAAUUGUCAACAUCUACAACCUUCCCCCAUCCGAGCCAGGAAAGCAGUAUCACCUCGAGGUCGGCCCCGUGUGCUUCCUUUGAACAAAGCCAUCGAAACCGGGCUCCGAGGCUUUGACCCCGCGUUUGGCCUAUGUCUUUACACAGGCUCUCCCACCUCUCUGCAGCAAGGACAGCUGGGCUGUAGCUUUUGGGUCAACUCUCGCCCUAGCCUUUGGCUCAAGGUCUCAAAGAACCCGUCAUCUACUGAACUCAGCAGAUCGUUGAAAGGAGGAAUAACAGGGACGUAGGGGAAGCGGGUAUCAGUCGGGACGUGAACAGUGAAAAGGGAUCGGGGGACUAGAUGUUGCAAGGGGUUCCAGACACAAAGCUUUUUCCAUGACCAAAGAAA